AUGUAUAUUUUUAACCAGUCAACUCGCUAUGUUACUGGUGUUGUCAACGUAGAUUGGUUACCUGUCCUGCUCUCAUCACUUGUUGAUGGCACUACAAAACUUCUUGGAGUUCCAAGAUCAACCCCUUUGAUAACUGUUUCAGAUGCAAUUAAAGCAUUCAUCAAAUGUCAACUUGAGGUCAGACAUUCUCGAGAUGACUAUUUAGAGUUUCUACUUCUUGCUGCACAAAUAGCUGAACUGCAGGUUGAUGUAGCCAUUCGCAAACCUGGUGCACGGCACAGGGCACGAUGGAUGGCAAAAGCCAUCUACGCAUUAAAAAUUGAACUAUUAUUCACCGUAAAUAAAACCAUUUUUAACUUAAACAGCUCGAAAAUUACAAGUUUUCCGGAUGUACUUAUUGAAAACUGGUCAGAUACUCCUUCUUUCCAAGUUGCAGCAGUGUUUGUAAAGAAUCUGGUUUGCAUCAAUGACUCUGCAGAACGGGGAGUAGCGUUGGUACAACAUUUCAAUGAAACAAUCACCAAAGACGCAGAGCAGAAACAAUUUUUGCUUCAACUAGUUGAACAGCAUAGGAAAAACUUUGCAGAAUAUAAUCGUGAACUGCUAGCAAAAAUUUGA